ACUAUGGGGUGACCAUGGCCAAGAAGCUUUAGAAUCUGCCCAUGUUUGUGUGAUAAACGCAACAGCGACAGGAACCGAAAUACUGAAAAACUUAGUGCUGCCGGGUAUUGGUUCAUUUACAAUUGUCGAUGGCAAUCGGGUCUCUGGAGAAGAUGUUGGAAAUAAUUUCUUUCUACAAAAAAGCCAUAUUGGUCAGCAUCGUGCCCAGAGUGCCACUGAGCUCUUGCAGGAGCUGAAUAACGAUGUUUCUGGAAACUUUGUGGAAGAGAGUCCGGAGAAACUUCUAGACAACGACCCUUCCUUUUUCAGUCGGUUUAACUUGGUGGUUGCAACACAGCUACCAGAAAGUACAUUGCUGCGCUUGGCUGAACUUCUCUGGAAUUUUAACGUUCCUCUGCUGGUCUGCAGGACUUACGGACUGGUUGGUUAUAUGAGAGUCGUCAUUAAAGAACAUACAGUUGUUGAAUCUCAUCCUGACAAUACGUUAGAAGAUCUGAGACUGGACAAGCCAUUUCCAGAACUGAGGGAACACGUUCAGUCUUACGACUUGGAUCACAUGGACAAAAAGGACCAUAGCCACACUCCCUGGAUUGUGAUUGUAGCCAAGUAUCUAACAAAAUGGUUCAGCGAGAAAAGCGAUCAGUUGCCUAAGAGUUACAAAGAAAAAGAAGCCUUCAGACAGCUGAUCCGGCAAGGUAUCUUAAAGAAUGAAAAUGGGACCCCAGAAGAUGAGGAAAACUUUGAAGAAGCUAUAAAAAAUGUGAACACAGCAUUAAAUACCACAGAGAUUCCAAGAUGCAUUGAAGAGAUUUUUAAUGAUGAUUGCUGCAUGAAUCUCACAGAGCAGUCACCCUCCUUCUGGAUUUUGGCUCGAGCUGUAAAGGAAUUUGUGGCAAAUGAGGGGCAAGGAAGCUUGCCUGUCCGGGGCACUAUUCCUGAUAUGAUAGCAGACUCCAGCAAAUUUAUCAAAUUGCAAAAUGUAUACCGUGACAAAGCGAAGAAGGAUAUUGCUGCUGUGGGUAACCAUGCUGCUAAGUUGUUACAGUCCCUAGGCAAGGCACCUGAAUCUAUUUCAGAGAGAGAGUUAAAACUGCUUUGCAGCAACUCGGCUUUUCUCCGGGUAGUACGAUGUAGAUCUCUGUCUGAAGAAUACAGUUUAAACACUUUCAACAAGGAUGAAAUCAUUUCCCAUAUGGAUAACCCAGACAGUGAACUAGUGCUGUACUUGAUGCUGCGGGCUGUAGAUAGAUUUUAUAAGCAGCACGGUAGAUACCCAGGUGUCUACAACUAUCAGGUAGAAGAUGAUAUUGGAAAACUAAAAUCAUGCCUUACUGGUUUCUUGCAAGAACAUGGGUUGUCAGUAGUGGUGAAAGAUGACUAUGUUCAUGAGUUGCCACCUGAUCAGGAUGAGGAAGCUGAUGAGGCCUUCUACAGGCAGCUGGAAGUAGCCUCACAGUCACAAGCUCUAGUUGUCAUGGGGGACUUCAGUUACCCUGACAUUGGCUGGAAAAGCUGCUCAGCCAGGCAUGCACAGUCCAGGAGGCUCCUCCAGUGCAUUGACAGUAACUUCUUGACGCAGAUGGUGGAGCAGCUGACAAGGAGAGGAGUAGUGCUGGACCUUGUGCUGAUAAAUCGAGGAGGUGAAGGUAGGGGGCAGCCUUGGAUGUAG